GCGUUGCACAUGUUCGUAUUUUUUGCAUAUAAAAGUUCAAAUAUAUUGAAAGAUUGGCCAAUUAUUGGCACAAAAUACUUUAGAAUAAUAAAUGUUCACAUUUUAUACAAAUGUAAAAUACGUAAGUCGUGUUUGCUUCAAAACUUGUUUGCCUGAAAAUAUGCGCUGUGAAAAUAAAUUGUGAAUGUAAAUCUUGUAAUUUACGUCAAUUCGCUGCGUAAUUUGACUGCAGACUCGGUUUUAAAUAAAAUAAAAUAAAAUAUGGAUGAAGCGAAGAAGCAAUUUUUAAAAUCACCAACAACAAUGCCAACUUCUGGGCAGGGCCAAGCCGAAAACAACAAAAUUCCAAUGCCGUCGUCUACGCCGUCGUCUGCACAGUCACUUGAUAAAGGAGGAUCAUUGCCUAGACGAAUCAUCAAUCAAAUACCAUUAGAUUUUAAAAAACUAAAAGAUGCAGGCUUGCAUAGAAAACUGGCAGAGGCAUUAAGCAAACAAAAUGUGCUUGGAACAAAAAGUAUUGCAUCAGAAACGACAAAAGUGUCACCAUCAAAGUCUGCAAUUCUGCCCACAGCUGCGCCGACAAAUGCGACAACGCCUGCAGCACAUACACAAACAAGCAUACAAGAAAAGCAACACCACGAGGAACAGAAUGCUGCAAGCCAUAUCGCGAAUAAUAAACUGAUAUCUAGAAUUGAACAAUCGUCACAUAUUAAAAGACUAAUAAAAAAUAAAAUUCUGAACAAAUCCGCAAAAUCGGAACCACAACAGCAGCAGAAACGGGAGCAAUGCCAGCCGCCAGCCGCUACGCCAAGGACAGCACCGACAAGCUCGGGAACUAUAAGCCGUUCUGGCCAGUCAAGCGGCUUCUCAGUGCCCAUAGCCAAAGCCGACUUAACGGUGCGUUCCCAUCCGCCGUUGUUGCUCAAUCUGGUGAAUCAAUUGCCCAGACAUCGUGCAAUGUGUGGAGGUAUAUCGCAAAACAGGCAAUCAUCGCCAGCACGAGCGCCAGAAAUAGAUACUUCAAUAAAUCGAGUAUCUUCACCAGCAAUAUCAGAAGUUCGAACAGUAUCAACCUCAACAACAUCAAAAUCUCCGCCGCCGCUGAUUGUACUGGAGAACAAGGUGUUGACCCCUGAAGAGAAAAUUGAUUUGAGGGCUUUGCGGUUGCCAAAUGGCAAAUCAACGGCAGUUCCGACGACUUCAGCAUCUACUGUAGCGGACUCUGAACAUGCAGAUAAGGAAAAAACAGCAGUCAAGAAGCCCAGUGCUCCGAUCAAGAAGAUCAUACUGAAUGUGAAUAAACUAAAAUUGCCACGUGAGCGAAUUUCUCAACUGGCCAAAGAAGUGCACAAGCAAGCAAUGCAGCAUGUACAGCAGCAAAAGCUGCCCAGCAUAGACAAUCAAGCUGUAAAACCAGUGCAAGGUUCAGUUGCCAGCAAUAUCGAAACUGUACCGCCUACGAAAGAGACUUGUGCAUCUUCCAAUGCUCCAGUCACUACAACUUCCACAAGUACUAAACCUUCCUCAUCUGCAAUGCCUUCAUCGCUGAUAGAUCCAGUUAUUAAAACGAUACCUACUCCGAUGAUUUCUUUAUCAUCAUCAGCUCCGUUGAUAACUUCAGUCACAAGUAAAAAACCUUCCUCGUCACUUAUAAUAGCUUCCUCGGUAAUAACUCCUAAGUGCAUUAAACUUGAUUUAUCAUCAGAAGUCGCCGCCUCUUCCAAAAUUCCGGCUUCUACAAAUAUAGAAUCCGCAUCUCUAAUAACUCCAAGCAUUGACACUUCAACGAGUCCAAUAACACUUUCCUCACCAGACAAGGCCACCAAAGGAGCAACAAAUAAGACAAUUAUCGAGAUUAGCUCGCCAUCAUCGACUUCAGAGCGUUUGUCAUCACCGCUACCAUCAUCAGCCCCACCAUCUUCAUUAUCGACGUCACCAGAGGUUAACGAGUCACCAAGCCAUGAACUGUCUGCCGUGGAUUUCAUAGCACAACUGACUGCAACUGACGAUGGCGAUUCAAAUAACUAUUUUGAGCUGUCUCCAGAGGAGAUGAGUUUGAAUGCCAAAUUUGGCAAUUGUCAAUCUUCAAUUCCACCUCCACCUGCCCAAAAUACAAAACCGGAGGAUGAUUUGGCCAUAGGCAAGAUAUUACAACUGCAGGAUAUGGAUAUUUUGCAUGCCACAUUAAAUGUGAAUGGCAAAGAACCGAAUGUCUUAUCUAUAAGUCCAAAUGCAACGAUAGUGGAGAGCAGCGCGAGUACAACAGAUACUGAAACUCCCGCCAAUGAUAGCAAUAACGAAGAACAGUCAGACAUUGUCAAGCUUAAACCUAUGAAAGUACCAUCGCAGGAACCUGUGUAUACCAAUCCAAAAAAGAAUUAUGCUUUAUCGAAACCCCCAGCUGUAGUAGAACCAGAGUCUUCUGUGGAUGAGACGCCCAAAUCGAAAAUGAUUUCAGUGUCUGAGACUAAGGUUGAAUUACAUGGAGUGGAAGAAAAAAAACAGAUUGCUAAGCCGAUACCUUACAAACCCAAAAAGGGCAAAAUCAAUUUGGUACAACGUAAUAAAAAACCAACUGUUUCUAAGCCGAAUGAGAGUAUAGGAAAGAAUUUAGCUGAUGAGCAAUUAGGUACAUCUAAUAUGGUUAUUUCAUCCGAUAGUACAGAGCUGAAGGAUGCACAGUCUGCUCAGAAUUUAAUGAGCGAAUCCCUUGAAGAUGUGACUGACAGUAAACUACAAUCAAAGAAUGAUUUAAAUCAAAACGUAUCCAAUAUAAAUCCCGCUGAAGUGGAAAAUAAAAGUGAACAACCAAAAAUAACUAUAGCUGAAAAAGAAAUAGCAACAGAUAAUGGAGUCAAGAACAGCAUAGAAAAUUUGACCAGCACAUCAGGUGAUAAAACUGAGAUCUCAAAUAAAACAGAACGUGUGAUAGCUGAAGAUGGUGAGGACGUAAAUAAGGUUGAUACUGAACCGAUUCAAGAAAAAGACCUAUCGCAGCUAUAUCAUCCACCUAAGAUGUCAAAGCUUAAGUCUGUCAAAUCAAACAAAAAGGAUAACCAUAAUGGGACAGUUCAUGAGGCAGCUAAUUCGGCCUCCACACAACCAUCAGCUGUAUCACUUUUCGAUGCUGUGAAGCAAAAGCAACCUCCGCCACAAGAAGCAUUGGGAAUCCAAAAUCUUGUAACUCACUUGGCGGCAGAGAAAGUGGUGACGUGCAGCAAUGAGGUCAAGCCGGAGUCGACAGCUAAACUGCCUAGAAAGAAGCUACUGAAAACACGACCGGUGCUGACCGUCAAGAGACCUGCAAAAGCUGCCCAAGCAAAGGCAGCCGCAUCCGAGAAAGCGGAAUCCCUAAAUGCAAUGAAGAGACCACUUCAUGUGGAGAGCAACUCAAAUGGGGCCAAUCGAACAAAAACUUCCAGCACCAGUGACGACGAUGGUGACUUUUUUCAUGGAUUCGAAGAGAAAUCGAGCAGUAAACGUGUCAAGCAUUCCAAGGCUAGAGAAACGGACAUAAGUGAUGAUGCCUCGCCGGACUAUGAUGAGACCGAAGAAGAAUUGCUGACCAAUAAACCAAAGACUGAAUCUGUUAUUAAUAAUAGUGUGACUAAUGAAUCGAUUGACCAGGAAGCGGACGCAGAAACCAAUUGUCAACAAGACGUCGUUCCAACUGAGCCAGUCAUGAAGGAGUCAUUGAAGCGAAAAGCAUCUAAGCGGAACUCUAGGGCGCAGGACGCUGGAUUAGAAACUGAGCCGAAACGUGCCCGUAGGAGUGUGAAAGGAAAAGACGCGAAAAGCAGCUCGGGGUCGACCGUAAACGUCAAAAGUCCCAAAUCAAAGGAUGUGAAUCCCUCUACAGAAGCCAUGGAAAUUGAAAAUAUCAUGGAAAUAAAUGCGCCGGAUGAAGCUGUAACGAAUGAACCAGCUCCAGUUACGAGAAGACGAGGUCGGCCGCCGAAAUCCUGCUCGCUAAGUACACCAAAAGCCAAAAUACAAUCGGAAGAUAUUAACAGCACACCGACGCCAAAGCGCCGUGGUCGCAAACCCAAAGAAAUGGAAGUCAAUGAUAGUCCUGAGUCCUGCAAGAAAGUCAACGACUACUACAUGCGACUUCUACUCAUACGCAAUCGAUCGCAAUUGGAGAGCGACGAAGAGUUGCGAGAGGAUGGCCGAGGUGAGGGCGAUAAGCAGUGUGGCUUGUGUCUCGUGCGCUGUAACAGUGCAACCUGGCAGUCGCAUAUCGCAGAGCACUACGGCGUUGGCUGGUCUAUCGAGGAACCUCCUCCGCUGCUCACUCGCAACAACGUGGCGAAAAUGAUUAAAACUUAUAUGGAUGGGGGCAAGAAGGGACUGAGUUGUCGUCUAUGUAAAGUUCAACUGUAUUCCGCCAUGGGUCUGUUAAUCCACUUGGAAGGUUGUGGUACCAAGCAGCGCAUAGUGUGUGAGCACUGCAACGGUAGUUAUACCAAGCUAUCCUUUGCGACGCACAGUCGCACCUGCAGUAAACGUGUGGCAGUGCAAAGUGAAGAGGAGCCGGCAGCUGAGGCAGCACCAGAAGAAGACAAUUUGCCAGUGUACAGCAAUACAGGUCGCGCCAAGCGCAAGUCCACCUUGAAGGCUGAAACCAAGUUGGAGAAGAUUGCAAGUCAAACAGAAAAUAUCAAGGAGACCGAUGGUGACGCAUCCGACUAUGAAAUUACCGCGGAUAAAGAAUCAUCUGAUGAUGAAGACGACGAGUCCGAAGUCUCGAGUAUAAGUGAUGAACCUGCUAAAAUAUUGCCCAAAAGAGAAAAUGCUUUGCGUGGUCGCAUUAAUGUUAAAAAAGAGAUGAAGGAGCGCAGCAAUUAUUUUAUCCAAAACAAUUAUGCCAAAGACACUUUGUACCCGCAUUUACUGCCCCGAUAUGAAAAGCUUUCGCCUGCCGAUGCCGAAGAACUGUUGCCAUCUAUGGAGUCCACUUCCAUGCGUUACGCCUAUGGCGGAGAGCAUGAGAACGACUGGAUGCAUUUGAGGCCACAGGAGGGCUUUCAAAGAGAGGAUGAGUCAGUCUGCUAUCUUGGCACCCCUAUAAAAGAGCUUGCAUGGGUGCCUUUACCAUCGCACGUAAAGACACAAUAUUUGUUAUGCUCCCAACGCAAUAAGGUGCUCGGUUAUUCCCGCCAACAUAGGGACAAACCGGAGAAAGCAUUACUGUUCCUGCUCGAAUGCAAAAUGUCGCCAGGUUGUGACGACAACGUCUUUCCACUGCAGAUUCGAGUGCAUUAUGGUAUAUGUGUGCCAGAAGGACCGGUGCAUAGCAUAGCAUUUAUGCCUAGCGGCGGCUACGAUGAAUCUAUAAACCGAUUGGGUUUACUUGCCGUGGGCAGUGCAUUGGGUACAAUUAUUUACGCGCUGCCAUUAUGCCUUAAGCACGAGAGGGGCCAUACGAAUAAACAAACUGAUGUUAUUGUUUUGCAACCGGUACUUACACUUAGUUUGGAUAUAGAUAAUCCCGUACAGGAUGCGUGCACUAAAAUAUGUUGGUCUGAAAGUUCUGGUCACGGUUUGAUAGUGAGUGGAUACGUCAGUGGAAACGUGGCAUUUUAUGACAUUUCGGACGACCAAGGACUGAAUUACAUGGAGCGUAAUGAUCAACGUUACUGUGUACCUGCUCAUUUCUUUUAUUUUGGCGAAAAAAAUAUAUUUCUUCUCGAACUGCACUAUGACUCGAAUGGAGUGCGUUGGUUGGUUGUUGGUACCACGGUGCGUAAGCUAUGGGUCUAUGACAUAGCAAACUUGUCGCAGCCGUUGCCAAUUACUGGUGACACUGUGUGCAAUAUGUAUUUGGGCGGCCUUGCCUGGUCUCCUUUGUGGGAGACUCUGGUCGUUGGAUGCAGCGAAGUUUAUAAAGCUCAGUUUCCACGCUUGCUAACGCUAAAUCCAUCGGGAAUGCAUUUUAGUCACGCGACGUUUGAUAUAACGUUGAGUAGUGCCCGUUCAGUGCAUUUCAAUUGGGAGCACUUGACAUUAGUUGUUGGGACGGAUAACGGAGAUGUGGACAUCUUGUUUUGCGAUCACUUAAAUUUGCCACAAAGACGAUCGAGGGACUGUCGCGUCGUAUCGACAAUGGAUGUGCGUCGCUUGAACGACAGUGCAGAAUUGAAUUCGGUUACCCCAGAAGAAUUUAAGCAAGACUACGGUUUGAUCCUCAAGCCCCUUAGAAGGGUUGCUCAGAAGCAGAAGAAGUCAACUUAUUUAAACAUAAAGAGACUACCAAAUUUUGAUCUGUUAAACCUUAUGCGCCUCAAUUCUGUACGAUGGAACUGGAAUGCUGAAGCACGUAACUGGGUGGCCGUUGGUGCUGAGCAUGGCUUACUUCGUAUAAUCAAUUAUGAUGCGGAUAAAAAAUAUAAAUAUUUUUGAUAUGCCCACUAUUGAGAUUUUAGUUGUAACAGGUAAUUUUGUUGAUAUUAUAAGAGUA